AUGGAGGGGUUGCUGCACCCUCUUAGACUGAAGCAUCUUCUCCACCUCACCUGUUUCUGCAGACCCGCCAAAACCAAUUUUCUCUUUGCAAAAUCGCGACCCUUCUGCACCGUCCGCUGCUCUUCUACCGCCGCCGCCGCCGCCGCGGUUGCCCCUGGUGGUCGAAAUCGCAGAACCUCCUCUUCUACGACUUCAACGUCCGACAGAGAGGCUAUUCGCGCCAUUCGGAUUAAAAAGGUGGAAGAUCUAAGGAGCAAGGGUUUAGAUCCCUAUGCUUAUAAGUGGGAACGUACACAUACAGCAAAUCAGCUUCAAGAAAUUUACAGAGAUUUAGAAAAUGGUGAAGAGUCAAAUGGCGAGAGUGACAAUGUAUCUAUUGCUGGAAGAAUUGUGGCUCGAAGGGCAUUUGGGAAGCUUGCUUUUCUAACUUUGAGGGAUGAUUCCGGGACGAUACAGCUGUAUUGUGAGAAGGAAAGGCUGCUAAGUGAUCAGUUCGAACUUUUGAAGGCACUGGUUGAUAUAGGCGAUAUUUUGGGGGCAACGGGCUCAAUUAAGCGCACUGAAAAAGGUAUAUGUUCUUGUUUUGUCUUAGUAUCUAAUUCUGGAGAAUUGUAUAGAGGAUUAUCUAGUUCAAAUAGCUGUGCUAUAAUUGCGUACACUUUGGAGUAUAUUAUAUCAGAAAUACGGAAGACGGUAGAAUCUGCUGGUUUUAUUGAAGUUGAAACUCCAGUUCUUCAGGGUGCAGCUGGUGGGGCCGAAGCUAGGCCAUUUAUUACAUACCAUAACUCCCUUGGGCAAGAUCUUUAUCUGCGAAUUGCAACUGAGCUCCAUUUGAAGAGAAUGCUGGUUGGUGGAUUUGAAAGAGUGUAUGAGAUAGGCAGAAUAUUCAGAAAUGAAGGCCUUUCAACUCGCCAUAAUCCCGAGUUCACGACAAUCGAGAUGUAUGAAGCAUAUUCGGACUAUGAAAGCAUGAUGAACAUGGCAGAAGACAUAAUCACACGUUGUGCUCUUGCAGUUAAUGGGAAACUCACCCUUGAUUAUCAGGGGACAGAAAUAAGCUUAGAGAGACCAUGGAGGCGGGAGACAAUGCAUAAUCUAGUGCAAGAAGCAACAAGGAUUGAUUUCAAUGAAUUUGGUGAUGAUCUUACCACUGCUAAACAAGUCGUUUUGGAAACCCUGGACAUUUGUCGUGAUAAUCAAAUCAAGAGUUCGAUCGAAGCUUGCUCAUCUGUCGGCCACAUGCUUAAUGAGGUUUUUGAGUUGGUGGUGGAACCACAGUUAGUGCAACCCACUUUUGUUUUAGACUACCCGCUUGAAGUAUCCCCGCUAGCCAAACCACAUAGAAGACGUGCAGGAUUGACUGAGAGAUUCGAGCUGUUCGUAUGUGGUCGUGAGAUGGCAAAUGCUUUCUCUGAACUGACUGAUCCUUUAGACCAGAGGGAACGGCUGGAGGAGCAGGUGAGGCAGCACGAAAAGAAGAAGUCCGGUUUAGUUUUGGAUAAAAAAGAAGAUAAAAGCAAGGAAGUGAAUGAUGAGGCAUAUGAUGUUACUCUUGACGAAGACUUUGUAACAGCUCUGGAAUAUGGGAUGCCCCCGGCGUCUGGUUUGGGGCUUGGCAUCGACAGGCUCGUGAUGCUGCUCACCAACUCUGCGAGCAUACGUGAUGUCAUUGCAUUUCCUGUCCUCAAGACCACUCCUCAACACUGA